CCCCACUUUAGCUCCGCGUUAGUAGCCCUAUACGUCACUAGCCCUCGUUCUGACAUGUGGCUGUCAAAGCAAUGGGAGACCAAUUCAACUUAUACCGUCCCUGAGAUCUCUACCCAGGAGAUAAUUGCCCAUUUUACUGAAAUUAUUCAAGUUGCCUCAAAACUUCGCUUUGCUGUCUUCACCACAUCAUGGUCACAGACAGGAUCUACAGCAGGUGCAACCAGGCUGGAACUGUAACAUCGGAGCUAGCAAAAGAUCCAUCACAAUGCCCCGGGAAAAUUUUCAAAGAGCUCUAUGAGACCCACGAUCACUCUUUACACCCCAAAUCGUCCAUGGACGGGGUAGACUCCUCGUCAGAUGAGGUUUCUUCCGCCCUGGAGAAGGAAAAGCUGCAAAAAGCAUCAUCUUGCGGAAACUGGGGAGCGUCAGCACCAAGUGAACUGUUCCUGAAGGUUUACCAUGGCGCAAUUAGCUCGUUGGAUAAAGGUCCAUCCUCGGGGGUGCUUUCGCCUCCCUUGAUGGGAAGUACAGGAGUUGUCCCAUUGACCAUAGUCGCACCCUUGCCAGAUCUUUGUCGACAUCUUGCAAACUGUAUAGCUCGAGCCAAACACGAGGUAUUCCUGGGUACGAACUUUUGGGUUCACUCGGAUGCAUCGACCCUGAUUACCAAUGCUAUCCGAGAAUUGUCCAACAGAGCCGGACAGCGUGGUGAGAAAGUUGUCAUGAAGAUGAUUUAUGAUAGGGGGAACCCGCGACAGGCGUGGGAAAAUCGGCUAACAGUCCCGGAAGAGGAAUAUUCGGUCGGAAAAGUUCGACUACCUGCCGCGGAUGAAAUCCCCAACGUCGAUCUCCAAGUGAUCAAUUACCACCGACCGAUCUUUGGCACAUUCCAUGCAAAGUUUACCGUCAUUGAUCGACGCAUAGCUCUAUUACAGAGCAGUAACAUCCAAGAUAACGAUAAUCUGGAAAUGCUCUCACACAUUGAAGGGCCUAUAGUGGAUUCCUUCUAUGACGCGGCGCUCCUGUCAUGGGGAAAGCCCCUUGACCCGCCUCUGCCGCUUCUAAAUUCUCCCGCUAAAGAUGCUGCAAUUCCUUGUAAUGAGGAUAGAAGCCCCGAUCUGGCCCCGGGAGAAACGACCCAUGUCCUUCCGGAACAUACCACGACGUUGUCGCACUAUGAUAUGAGUAUGGCACAGGAAGCACAGAGAGUCAAUAGCGGUGUGUAUUCCAAGGGAGAGGAAUCCCUGACACAAGCUGUCACUCGCCAUUUGAAUACCACGAUCCAGCCUGAGACAACCGGGGAUGCGCCAGAUAGUGAUCAGGAAGUCAGAAUGUCUCCGUACACGUUGCUACCCCCUCAUGACCCAGUCCCAAUGGCCCUGGUAAACCGAGAACCAUACGGAGCCCCCAACCACAACAGCGUCAACACCCCUCAGAAUGGGGCCUGGCUUUCGGCAAUCAACAAUGCCGAACAAUCUAUCUUCAUUCAAACGCCCAAUAUGAAUGCAGAGCCGCUGCUCGAGCCGCUUUUGAAUGCUGUACGCCGCGGUGUCAUUGUAACCUGCUAUUUGUGCCUGGGCUACAAUGAUGCAGGAGAGCUAUUACCUUUCCAAAAUGGCACAAACGAAAUGAUUGCGAAUAGGUUAUACAAGUCUCUUGACUCCGAAAAGGAAAAAGCGGGCCUUCAAAUAUUCUACUAUGUUGGCAAAGACCAAACGAAGCCAAUACAUAACUCAUUCAAGAAGCGAAGCUGUCACAUCAAGUUGAUGAUUGUCGACGAGCAGAUUGCUAUACAAGGAAAUGGAAACCUUGAUACGCAGUCUUUCUUUCACAGCCAGGAAAUCAACGUUCUGAUUGACUCAUCCUUGAUUUGCAGGGAAUGGCUUCGACUCAUUCACCGUAACCAAAACACAGCAAAGUACGGUGCUGCUAGCGUUGAAGAUGGGUGCUGGCAUGACCCUUCAACGGGCGAAAUCCCACCAGGAUCUAUUGGUAUUGAUCCUGGAAGAUUCAGCUGGGCACGUGGGGUGAUUGGCGCUGUGAAGCGAGUUAGGGGAGUCGGAGGGUUUUAAGAUGGAGGUCCUUGUUCCUUGUCGACCUUUGUGACACCUGUCAUUCAUUGAUGGGGUUCCCUUAUACGAUAAUUGUCUGUAUAGCUGCCAUAUCCAUGUAAAUAGGCGCCUAUUCUGUGUUCAUAAUGAUUGAGAUAAUUUUCUGGAGUCUCAAUAUACACAUCAGAAGC